AGGUGUCAGUCGGUCGCCGCUUCGCGUCGCGCGCGGACCAUUUGGGGGGGAAAAAAUUACGGAGGAACGUACAGAGCGGUUCUCUCUCUCUCUCUCUCUCUCUUAAUCAUCCGUGAAAUCGCGAUACCGAAUGUCGCGACGGUGACAGCAAGCUGGGAAUGCCGAUGUAAUUAUCGUCGAUACAGGCUUAUUCUUUCAGGCGCGUUUUGUCACUGGGCGAAGCAUGACAGAGACGACGACACUGACAGAAUUCGAGGAAAACGUGUCCUUCGACGCAGAUGAUCCAGACUUUGCGCCUUCGCCUCCCGCGAUACAAAAUGUUCUUCGUGAUGCUCGACGUUUCGUGAAAAAUGCCAGAUUCGACGUUAAAGUACCCACUUAUCAGUGCAACAUGUCGGUCACUUCCGUGCAGCCAACCACAACCGAGAGCCUCUCCCGCCACGGGAGCAACAUUUCGUUAUCCUGUCAUAGUCUGUGCGGCAGCGUGGACGACGGUCUUCAAGGUUCGCAUCCCCAGUACCAGGAUACGAUGUUGACGAUCGAGGAACUGCGCGCCCAGCUCAACUCCUGCUUUACAUGCGGAGUGUCGUGGAGCGAGGAACACGUCUCCCUGGACUGCAGCGAGUGCGGCGGUUACUCCUUACAACGACCGUGCCCGCUCUGCGACGGACGUUGCCAUACCUCGUGGAAGCGCGACCGCAUUAUGUCCCACGCGAGUGGCAAGGCGAAAUGGGUCGGCGAAUGCGGGCUGAGUUGCGGGCCUUCCCUGGAGGAGUCGCUGGUGCCUGCGUUGGAGAAACUACGGGCCACCUCGUGAACGGCGUCGGCCCAAGCACCGCCAACCAUGCACAAGACUUAAUCCAUCACCAUCCAUCUAGUGUCACCCAUCACCAUUGUGUGCGAGGUUCAAGAGAAAAAGAGAGAGAGAAAAAGAACGCGUGAAUGUGGACCGCGGAUGAUAUGCGUUAUGUUCCUGUGGAGAGCGGCUGAUAAGGGGGAGAGAAAGGAGGCCUCUUCCGGACUCCUGCGGCUUUCCUCGAAGAUAUAAAGCCGGAUCCAGCUGGUCCCUCGAUAUCGGGGACCAAAACGUCGUCAUUAUCAUCGUCGGAAGUACAAAGCUACACGUCCACGAAGGAUUCCUACUUUCUUCUGUAUCGAAUGACAAUUCUGUUAUAACACGUUGCUUCGAACUGUUAUCGAGAAUGGACUUUACUUUCGGAGGAUUUACACCGAUUAUUUUUUUAAAUGAAAAGUUCGCAAUUAUCUUAGCGAAAUUAGGAGAUAGCUAAUUUGCAAAUUCGCUGCAACAAUUGUAGAAUUUUUUUUACCCGAAAAUACGGCGCAUCCGCAAAGUGGAUCCUUUGAAUGCUUUUUAGAUUCUAUCGCGAUAGUUUGAUAGAGAUGUGUAGCAUUGAAUCGAAAAAAUUAGGUAUGAAUUGUACGAAAUACACUCGGAUAAUUCCGAGUGAAUCUCGAUUUAUCUGACGGUUUGUAUAUAUAAUAUUCGAGAUGCAAACUUCACGGUAAGAGAGUAAUCUUUAAAUUUACGUAGACACAUGAACGAAACAUCUUAUAAUCGAAACAGCUUUAUAUCUCAAAAGUUAGACAAAUCAAUUUUGACCGUCCUAGUUUCAAGAUAUCAAUUUUGUUAUCAUUUAUUCGUCGUCAGUUAUUGCUCUUAUAGAAGUUGAACUUUCCAAUUCAUGCCGUGUACGUUAUUUAAGAGAACGUGUUGUUGAAUCCGGUCACUGUAAUAAAAAAUAGUAAUUUCUAAAAAUGUGUUUUAUAUGAAAAUAAUAUAACGCUAUUUUGACAUCUAUGCGAUAUAGUUAGCUGUUAUCUGAAGACAAUCCUUGUCUUACAAAUUAUUAUUUUCGAAACAAAGUGACCGAUUCACACACACUUAUAGAAAAAUUCAAUUUCUUACCGUAGAUUGAUUAUUACGAGUAUUUUCAAUUUUUUAACAUCGAAUUGCCGCGACUUCGGCGAAAUUUUAAUGACGAUAGCUUAAAGAUCUUCGGUCGUUCCUACAACAGUCCGAGGAGCCGGUCUUUCACUUUACUUAUUUUUUUUUUACGUAACGAAAGUUACAUCUUGGCCUCUCGGUCGUGCAAGCGAGCGCGAGUUUGCAUUACGUGAAUUCUAGAAUAAUUUUUUAGGCAACAAUUAAUCGAUCGAGCGAUCCGAUAGCAAAAAGGUGUUCUGUCGACGACCUUUCGCGUGAGAGCACGACGUAUCGGUAUUGUAAGGAAACAAUUAUUCGAUAUAUCGCUUAUAUAAAUUGUCACAACUAUCAUCGGCGAAUCGAGCUUUGCGAAUGUAUACGAUUAUAAAAAAUUAAUCAAGGUUUUUCGUGCCUCUCUAGCGAGGGCUUAGUGUUAAUGUAUAGGAGACAGAAUCCGUGUUUAUCUAUUACGAGAAAUGUUAAUUCCACAGAUUAGAGAAUUCGAAAUGAUUUUUGCACGUUGGUACGACGUUGCAAAUUGUUAAUACAAUGUUUAAAAAAAAGAAGAAAAAUGCAUAAAUCUACAAUUACAUGAUAAUCCGAUUGUGUAUUGUAACGGAAUCAAUUAAACGAAUCUCCUUGAGUCUAUGAAAGUGUAAAAAGAGUCGAUUAUAUUUAUAGCGCGUUUUUCGACAAAGAUACGUCUUGCUCGCUUUAAAUCGUCUGCUUUCCCGGCGAGAGCUUCUUCGCUAAGUUGUUGGAAGAGAAGCUCGGUCUCAAGUGCGCGUGAUUGUCUCUCACGCAAUUCAAUUGUAGACUCGACACAAAAUAGAGAUUGCGAGUGCCAAAAAUUUCACGGACUCUUGAAAAGUGAAUCUCGAAAAUCAAAAUCAAAUUUUUUCUCCAAUGCUUUAAUCGCGAUUUUUUAAAGCACGAUAUACAUUUGUUUUUUUUUAAUAUUUUUUGUAAAAAAAUUUAA